UUUCCUGUUCACCAUGAUUGUAAAGAGUGCUUAUUUGAGUUACUAUAGACCUCCUGACAGCUCAAACCUUCUGGUCAUUCUCCUCUGAUCUCUGAUCUCGGUCAUUGUGGCUGUGUUUUGUUUAUAACAGUUAUAAUCAAACAGCACCAACACAUUUAGUCAGCCCAGGAUUUUAUGGUCUGAACUUUAAAAAAAGAGAACACCUUUAGAUCAGUUCAGUAGUUUAAAUUUGAGUGGAAUUGUAGUUAACACGUUUGCCUCACACCUUUGUGGUUGGUAGUUCGAAUUGCAUGUUCUUCACGUGCUUCACGGGUUUCCUCCAGGUACUCCGGUUUCCUCGACAGUCCAAAAACGCGUUGUAAGCUGACUAGCAUUUCGAGUUCCCUGAGUUAGGCUCUAGGCUCCCUGUGACCCUGUGUAGGAUAAGUGGUAUGGAAAAUGGAUGGAUGAGACACUAUGUGUUAUAGGCAGAAUAGUCCUAUUAUUACUUCUGAAACAGCACGCUAACCCUGUAAAUAAUAUGCCACAGUUUAGGCUGCUAUUGAUUUUAGGAUAGUUCAAAAAUGACUUUAAAAAGGGGUGAAAAAAACCCCCUCCAAGAAAACACAGCCAGUAAUCAGUAAUGUUUGUUCCAAUUUCAGCAAGGUUUUAAAGGCUACAUGAUAUGGAUAGGGUGAGAGGGGCUGCAUGGACUGUAGGACAAGAAACAAACACACAUGGACUCUCUUAAAGAUUUAAAUAAUAUUUUAUAUACUACAUUUUAAUAUUUAAACUUUUGGUCAGUGUAAAUAUUUUAGAAUCAUGGGUAAAUAUGUAGAUAUGUGCACCUAGACUAAGCACACACUACAAUUAUGAAAUUAAAACAGUUAUGUGUAGUUAUAUUGAAAAAUGUUGAUGAUUGGAAUGAGUGUUGAAAUCAUUCAGUAAAGCGUGAUUUAAGAAGAGCGCAUGAUCACUCAUUAUAAUUUGUGCGUCACUAAUGAGGCUAGCCAGGCUAGUUAUACUCAGGACAUCUGGCCCUUAAUUGGCGCAACCAGAUACGCGUGGCGUGCAUGAGCAUCACAUCUCACACUCUCUCGACCACGUCAGAAGAUUUGAACUUUUACGAUCCUUUUGCGGACCUGGGCCUGAGCGGUAGUGCGCAGGUUUGGACGCGACAUCUGUCUUGUUAUCAGUCAGCAGACGUCAUCAGUUUCUAGUAGGCCCAUAGAUAUGGUUCUGUAGGGACCUACUUGUUUCUCACUUUUGUUCGCUCGCACCUUCCCACACUCGAGUGUCUCUCUCCUCCUCUCUCAUUACGCAGUUGAUCCUGUUCAGCGUUCGAGCGCGCGCUGCCAGAGGAGCACUCACACUCACACACACGUAGCCGUGAUGCUUGCGAUGUGAUGUGGACUGUCGUAGCUAAAGAAGGAUAUCUGUAACGCGCAAAGGCGCCGCUUUUAUCUUUCUUUCCUUUUUUUUUUUUUAAAAUUUGCAAUGCAUGUUUCGGUGGCGGCGUACAACGACACAAAUAAAACGGAGUCACGGUAAGUUGCUCGCGCUUCUCCGACAACCGACUGUUGCGCCAGGAGAGCGUCAGUCAAACAUGAGCGGAAACGCAGACGGAGGCGACGCGCUCGCGGAAAACGAGCUCCUCGCCACUUCAUGAGGCGCGAGCUUCGAUUCUUUAGCGUUGUAGAGUGGAAGCGGGUACAAAAACAAACAGUGGAAGAGCGCGCGCAGGAUGAGAAGCACGGAGCUGCUGCUCGCCUACUUUCUCGUGAAAGUUGUGGCGUGCGACGUAGCCGGUGAGAGCGCUAGACAGGUCGGUUCGGUGGCCGUGUCCGGCUCCAACGAGUCCCGAGACGGCGAGAGCGGUCUCUCGGAGCCUCCGCACACAGAGGAUAAAUGCAGGGGCUACUACGACGUGAUGGGCCAGUGGGACCCGCCGUUCGUGUGCCGCACGGGAAGCUACCUGUACUGCUGCGGCACGUGCGGCUUCCGCUUCUGCUGCGAAUUCAAGGAAUCGCGCCUGGACCAGCGCGCGUGCACUAACGACGGCACACCGCCGUGGUCAAUGACGGGCAGACCGCCACCUAAAAAGAACGACCCGGCGCACGACCCCACGAAGGAUAAAACCAAUCUAAUCGUGUACAUCAUAUGCGGAGUGGUCGCCAUCAUGGCUCUGGUGGGGGUUUUCACCAAACUCGGCCUUGAAAAGGCGCAUCGACCUCACAGAGAAGACAUGUCUAGAGCGCUGGCGCAAGUGAUACGGCAGAGAGGAGGAGAGGAACACGAGGAGAGCCUGGCUGUGCAUGGACAGCCCUAUGAGAACCUGCCGGCCAGGACAACAGGAAAUAACCUGCAAAGCAACCAGAUAAACAAUGUGGGUCCAGGUUCAGGCCUAAUGCAGGCAAUGACCCCAUACCCCACACUGGGACAGGUCUCUCACACCUAUGAGCAACCCCAGCCUGUCAAGGAGCUCAACAAAUAUGCAUCGUUGAAAGCAGUAGCUGAGAAAGCUAACGAAAACUUUUACACAAAUCGGAGACAUGGGGUGGAAUUGACGACCAAAGGCACACUACCCCUGCACCCAGUGCAACUUGAGGCAGAGCCAACCAACCCUUAUAGCCCAAAGUUGCCUUGCCAAAAACAAAAUGGACACAAGGCCAAGAGCAUUAAGGUGUCGGGCUCACACCCACUGCCCUAUGGCUCCAACACCAUUUCUGCCCCAGGUAUGCUCAGGAGCCGGGAGGGAUCAGAGGCACUUGGGCGUCGCCACACAUAUGGCCCUAAAAAGCACAACACGCUACUCGAGCAGGUCAAUGAGCUGAGCUCACAGAGUCAACAUUACCUGCCUCCCCAUCCAUACUUCAUCAGCAACAGCAAGACUGAGGUGACCGUGUGAGAGGUAUGACACAGCCAGCUGACCUGAGCCUAGAGUAAUGGAAGAGGGAAAGGAAGAUUUGAGGAAUCCUGAGAGUUGCUUUUUUGUUCUUAGGGCCUGGCAUUGGCAGAGCUGCAUCAGACAAAGCUGCCUGGGCCCCAUGUGUAGGAUCUGUACUUUUUUCUUUCAGGAAUGUGCAUGAAAGAGGAUGGUGUAGGACUCACUCUGCAGCAAAAAGCAGUAUAUUUUAUAAUCUGUACUCUCUCUGUUUCAGUUACUGUAAUGUCUGCAUUAUAAUGCAAUUUAACAGUAUUGUUAUAAGCUUAUGACACAAACAAACUGUCUAACAAACUAUAAUAUUGUAAUGCAAUUACAGUAAUUUGUAGUGCAUUUUGGGAACAGUGGCACUCUGUUCAGUAAGUCAGUAAGGCUGCAUAGUUCUGGGAUACAUGGCCAGCAAUGUGUCUGGGGCAGAAACUCGCUAAUUCUGGACAGUUAAUUUUUCUUAAUCUUGCCUAGUUCAUUUUGAUAUUGUCUCAGACCAAUGUGUACCAAAACGCUGUAUCGAUACAGCAUACAUCUUCUAAACCUGGGGCUUACGCUUUUCCAUCAAACCUGCCAUCUAAAAAUGUUGUGCUUUUUGUUUUUUUAAGGCAAUUCCAGUGUUUUGUCGAGAACAAAGAUGAAUAUAUAGGGCUCUAUUUUCAUGCAGAUGUAAGUGUAAUUUGCUUAUUAAUGCUAGCCUGUUGCCAUUUUAGUUGGGCACAAGAAAAUUUACUUACAUUUGCUCACUGUUGCUAUUUUGAUCAUCAUGAAUGAAUGAUGGUAGAAUGGCAAAAAAGUGUGCGUGUCAUUUGAAACCGGCCAGUGCAGAGGUAUUUUUAAACCCAUUUGGUAAAAAAAAGGCAUGUGCAUUACCACCUCAAAAAAACUAUUCUCAACACAGAUGCAUGGAUUAGACUGUGUUUUCCUGACCUGAGACACAAAAUUAUUAGUCUUGUCCAAUUUCUUACA